ACGCUUUGUUGCGCAUGCGCCAGUUGCCCUCCCUCGUACACUGUACGCAGAGUAAGGCGACCCAAGAGACAUAAACAAACUCAGCGAGUAAGCGCCCGCUCGAGUCGGGUACGGCCACGCGCUCUCGUUUCAGGAGCCUGUUCGUCUCUUCUCGUCUCCUUCUGCAACUGCGCGCCACCGCGAGCUCUUUUGAGCUUACAACGUCCCGAACCGUUUUUUGGAUGCCGGCAGCUGGUUAUAGCCACCAGUGAGGUCGCAGCCGUCGCCCCUUACUGUCCACCCUCCAGCGGUGCUUGGGCUGGGAAAGGCGGUGAGGGCCGUUAUCUCUCCAUAUUGGCUCUUCCUUCCCUUCCCUUUUCCUCCGCCCGUGAAUCAAACAGCAAAGAAAGAGGAAUGCUGUAUUGACCUCCCCACCCCCCGCGUUCCUAGCUUGGGGAAGGGGACACCCGAAACGUUGAGCUGGCGCAGAUUCAGAAGGCGCUGGAGGGGAGAGGAGACGGCGGUUUGCUCAGGACGCGCACUCGCCCUGUGGCUCCGGCCUCAUCGCUUUCCUGGGAAGUGACUUGGAGCAAGGCGGCCCCGUUAGCUUCUGUGCUUGCGAGGAAACAUCUUGAAGCACCAGACACCUCCAAUGUUAAAAUGGCCUCUGCGGUAAUUAGUUCAGUUCCUACUACUGCAUCUCGGUUUGCUCUUUUGCAAGUUGAUAGUGGCAGUGGAUCUGAUUCAGAAUCUGGAAAGGGAAGAAGUGGUCGGAGUGGUGGAAAGUCCCAAGCUUCAGGCAGCAAGUCAGCUACAAUUGAAAAGAAAAAAGAAAAGAGGAGAAAAAAGAAGGAACAGCAGCAGAGUGAAGCAAAUGAGCUCAGAAAUCUUGCUUUUAAGAAAAUUCCUCAGAAAAGUUCCCAUGGAGCCUCCUUGUCUCAGCAUGAGCAAACAUUAAACAAUUCAGCAAGAAAAGACUCUCAAGAAGAGAACUGGCAAGAGUGGAGACAAAGAGAUGAACAGUUGACUUCUGAAAUGUUUGAAGCCGAUCUUGAAAAAGCUUUACUUCUAAGCAAACUGGAAUAUGAAGAACAUAAAAAGGAAUAUGAAACUGUUGAAAGUGUUUCUCCUCCAUCAAAGACUGUACACAAGAAAGAAAAAAGAAGAAAUCAACAGGGAAAAGACAAACCUCUCACUGUGUCUUUAAAAGAGUUCCAGUCUGAUACAGAUCACCUUCCCAAAAAGCAGGAGGAAUUGAACUCCUCACAUGCUCUCUUGCACGAUGGUGAAUUCUUCAAUAGACUGGAAGAUGAUGUGCACAAAAUACUCAAUAGAGAGAAAAGAAGAGAGCAUAUCACAGAUAAUGGAAUGGAUAAUAGUACAUCAUGUGACCCCACACAUGAUUUUUUCUUAAAAGAUGGAAGAAUAGAGAGACUCAAGCUGGAACUUGAGAAGAAAGAUGCAGAAAUCCAACAAUUAAAGAGUGUAAUCACUCAAUGGGAGGCAAAGUAUAAGGAAGUAAAAGCACGAAAUGCACAGCUUUUGAAAAUGCUACAAGAAGGGGAAAUGAAGGAUAAAGCUGAAAUACUCCUUCAAGUUGAUGAAUCCCAGAGUAUUAAGAAUGAGCUGACCUUACAGGUUACCAGUCUCCAUGCUGCACUGGAACAAGAAAGAUCUAAAGUGAAAUUACUGCAAGCAGAGCUAACAAAGUAUCAGGCUGGAAGAAAAGGGAAAAGAAACUCAGAGUCUGAUCAGGGCAGGUGAUCAAAUUUCUACCAAAAUCAGAGCAAAAAAAAAGAUUUUUGAUCUUCAGGAGUUUUGCAGAAAUGUGUAUUUGUAUUACUGCUUAACUAUGCAGUUUUCUGGGAUUGGGAGUGAAGUUUAAUUGACUAACAUUCUGAAUAUUCAGUCUAUUGCACUUCUAGUAUAAAGAAGAGAAGCUGGAAACUAAUGUUACAGUGAUGCACAAACCUUGUUUGUGCUAAUUCUACAUCUAGUUUUUCAUCAGUCAAUAAACUUUGUCAUUUUUAUGA